AAUUAGUUACCGCAUCCAAUGAAAAAUAUUUAGUUACCAGCAUAUUAGAAACAGUCGUGUGGAGUGGACAUGCACAUUAUUAAACGAAUACCUGAGUCGAAUUGAAUUUAUUAUUAUUAUUUAUUUAUUUAUUUAUUAUUUUUUUUUUUUGUACAGCUCGUUUUUGUGCAGAUAUUGGUAGGCGCUGAUUCUUAAAUAAUAACACCGGCUCAAUAGUCAAGCCGCUGUGUGCGUAACCCUUUGAAUUGUCACAUCAAAGACAAGAUGAUUAUUUACGUGCGCGACAAAAAAAAAAAAAGGCACGCAUGAUUCCGCGUUUCGUUCACGCGCCGGAGUUAAUCGACGUGACAUCUCCACCAUGAGCCAACAAGCUGUUGCAUUGCAGAAUUACAAUAAUGAGCUCGUCAAUUGUAUUGAGGACCUGUGCUCCAAGCGGGAAGAGUUGAACCGUCAGAUCAAGCUGGAGGAAGAGGAGAAGGAACGACUGCAGCAUGACAUCCGCGUGUUCUCUGGAAAGCUGAGCAAGGUCAAUGAAAGCCUGGCACAAAGAAUGGCUGCACGCGCCACCUUCGACCGCACCAUCGCAGAGACUGAGGCUGCAUACACCAAGAUCUUGGAGAGUUCCCAGUCUCUGCUGAGUGUCCUGAAGCAUGAGGCCGGAAACCUCAGCAAAGCCUCAGAGCCUCGCAAGAAAGAACACUAAUGCAGCAGAAGUGGAUCUUAAAAGAAGGACAAUUGUAAUAUUUGAUUAGUUGUAUUUUUGAAGGUGAGAAAAUAGGCCAUUUGCCAUUGUUUCCUGUGACUGUGAUGGAUAAUAAAAGGACUACAGUUAUAUUUGAGAUACUGCAGAAUGUAAUGAGAUCCAAUAGAAGUGCCAAAGUAUAAAUAACAACUCUCGAUAUCAUACGGUGCAGUUUGAUACCACUGCAAACUACGACCGCAAUAAUUGUCAUAUUCUUAAAUGAAUACGUCUUUUGACAGCAGUUUUAUUUUUACUUUCUGUCAGCUAGUUUCAAGUUUCCGCGGCCAUUGUGGGUUUUUCUUUCUUUCACGGAAUGAACCAACAAUCUUGUGGUUCAUUCUUCCACGUGUGCAUAUAAUGGGAUUCAGCAGAGGAGUAGUUCUCAAACUUUUUACACCAAAUACCACCUAGGAACUACU